GCGGGAGGCUGGAAGGGGCCGAUCCCGCCGGGUUUCCGGGAGCGGGCAGGCAUGGAGCCAGCGCCGGCGGGGAAGAAGGAGGGGGGCAGUCGCUUCCGCGCCAGCGAGCACCAGCACACUCGGUACAACCCUCUGCGGGACGACUGGGUGCUGGUAUCGGCCCACCGGGUGAAACGCCCCUGGCAAGGGCAGCUGGAGAAGCCGCCCCCCGAGGAUGUACCCCGCUGGGACCCCAACAACCCCCUCUGUCCCGGGGCCACCCGGGCCAACGGCGAGGUGAACCCCCAGUACGAGGGCACUUUCAUCUUCCCAAAUGACUUCCCUGCACUGCAGCCUGAUGCUCCAGAACCUGACGACAGUGAUCACCCCUUGUUCCGAGCUGCCCCAGCCAGGGGGGUGUGCAAGGUGAUGUGCUUCCACCCCUGGUCGGACCUGACGCUGCCUCUCAUGUCCCUGGCAGAGAUCCGGGCUGUCAUCGAUGCGUGGGCAGAGCUGGCAGCCGAGCUGGGUGCUUCCUACCCCUGGGUGCAGAUCUUCGAGAACAAGGGAGCGAUGAUGGGCUGCUCCAAUCCACACCCCCACUGCCAGGUGUGGGCCAGCAGCUUCCUCCCAAACGAGGCGCGCCUGGAGGACCGGACCCAGCGUGAGCACCUGAGGCAGCACGGCGUGCCCAUGCUGCUGGAGUACGCUGAGCAGGAGGCUCGCCGAAAGGAAAGGCUGGUGGUGGAGAAUGUGGACUGGCUGGUCGUGGUGCCGUACUGGGCCACCUGGCCCUACCAGACCCUGCUGCUGCCCCGCCGCCACGUCUGCCGCCUCCAGGACCUCAGCGAGGGAGAGAGGGACAGCCUGGCCUCCAUCAUGAAGAGGCUGCUCAUCAAGUACGACAACCUCUUUGAAGUCUCCUUCCCCUACUCCAUGGGCUGGCAUGGAGCCCCCACGGGCCCCCACCUGGAGGAGGACUGCAGGCACUGGCAGCUCCACGCCCACUACUAUCCCCCACUGCUCCGCUCUGCCACCGUCCGCAAGUUCAUGGUGGGAUAUGAGAUGCUGGCGCAGGCACAGAGGGACCUCACCCCAGAGCAGGCAGCUGAGCGCCUGAGGAGCCUCCCUGAGGUGCACUACAAGGAAGGAAACAAGGAGAUGUGAUGAGGAGCAGCGGAGCCAGUCCUCAGAUGUGGUGCUGUUCCUUGUCUCCUCCACCAUCGCAGGCUCUGUCUCUGCCUCCACAGCGUGCUCUUACCACUACUAAAGGGUUUACACUCCUUACCAGUCUAGUCUCACCGGUAGGACUGAGAGUUCUUCCUGCCCUGUGGAGGGACAUACCCUCCCCCAACCCUGAACAAUAAAACCUGGAA